UUAUCAGUGCUUAAAGCUUACGUCAAAACCGUGCGAACGUCAAAGUGCAUCUUGUAAAUAAAUAAUUACGUGCACAAAUCUAUUUAUAGCCACCGGCCGGCUCGCACAGCUGUUCUUUUGUUCGCCCGAAUCCUUAUCGCACUGCUUGCCGCAUUCUUUUGUCCCGUUAAUUUGCAUAAAGUAACCUUUCCAUUCAUAAUUCUUAUCUAUAUUUUUUGCCGUAGUUUCGUUAUUUAUUGAUAAUUUGGGCAAUAGUUUUUGUUUUUUAUUAAUUAAGAUGGCUCAAUCAAAGGAACACGAAAGAUUAACAAAGAAACGUAGCUGUUUGAAAUCAAAAUUAACUAUUUUUAAUAACUUCAUUUCCCUUCUCAAGACUUGCACUGAACCUAGUCAGGAACAAUAUUUAGACCUGGAAGGGCGCUUAAACAAGUUUGAUGCCAUAUACCCUAUUUUUGAUGAUUUGCAGUCUGACAUCGAGAUGCUUACGGAGGAUUCCGACGCUGAAAUGAAGGAACGCGAGCAGUUUGAAGACCAGUACCACAAGCUGGCCGCGGCCGCGCGGGGCUUGCUCAGCGCGCGUCGCUGCCAGCAGCGCGAUAACGGUUCCGUUUCGGGCAACGAUGAUGUUCAGGCGAGUAAUUCUCACUUACAUAAUUGCGUUCAACUGCCUAAAAUUGACUUGCCCAUUUUCCAUGGUAAUUAUCAGCACUGGCUUAAGUUUAGAGACACCUUUAUUUCUUUAAUACACUCUAGACAAGAUAUGGAUAACAUAAAUAAAUUACAUUAUCUUCACGCUUCUCUUAAAGGCAGCGCUUUGCUCAUUAUUGAUAAUUUAGAUUUUAAAGCAGAUAAUUAUGAAGCUGCUUGGAAGUUGCUAUGCAAUAGAUACGAUAAUAAACGAUUGUUAGUUAACAACCACGUUCAAGCAUUAUUUAAUAUUGAACGCAUGCAAAAAGAAUCUUUCACAUCUAUUCGCCAUCUUAUAGACGUGACUAAUAAAAACUUGCGUGCCUUAGCUUCUUUGGAUCAACCCACUCAGCACUGGGACACUUUGGUCAUUCAUAUGAUCUCUGAAAAGUUAGAUAGUGUUACCUACAGAGUUUGGGAAGAGCAUAGAAACACAUUAUCUGAUUCUCCGUCUUUAAAGAUAUUUAUUCAAUUUCUCAGUAAUAGAGCAGACUUAUUGGAGACCAUACAAGAAAAAGGUAACAUGCAUAAUAAUAAUUCAUACAAACAAAAUACUUAUUUUCUAACACAAAAUACAAACAAUAAUAAAAAUAGCACUUAUCCUAAUAAUAAUAAAUCAAAUAAUAAUCAAAACAUAAAAUCAAAUCAAAAUAAUUAUAAUCAGAAGUCUUUUAAAUGUUCUCUUUGCAAUGAAAGUCAUUAUUUAUUUAACUGUGAAACAUUCAGGUCCCUUUCAGUUGAGGAGAGAAUUAAAAAGGCCAAAGAGACAAAAGUGUGUCUUAAUUGUCUGCGUCCUGGUCAUUAUGAAAUUAAAUGCACUCUAGUCCCUUGUCGGUACUGUAAAAAGAGACACAACACACUUUUGCAUCUACAUGAGCCAGAACCUACUCCUAUAACCGCCAUUCCAGUCAAUGUAAAUCAUUUUGCUAAUGAUUCGAAUGGUCUUACACAGUUUACUACUCCUGCGCAUGUAUUACUAUCCACAGCGAUCGUGCGGGUGUUGGACGGCAGCGGCGCCGCGCACUCCGCGCGCCUCCUGCUCGACAACGGAAGUACCGCGAACAUUGUGACGCAGUCGUUGUGCGGUAAGCUGGGUCUGUCGCGCCGCGAUGCGUACUCCAUGGUGACAGAACUUUGAAGCCUUCUUCAGCAGCCUUCAACCCGGGGAGCAUGUCGCGGACCGGUCUUGACGCACGGGAGGAGACGUGCGGGAGGAAUCCCACCACCACGAGCAGCGCGCCGUCCGCCGUGCGCGUCACACACUCGCUUGGGCCCCCAGCCGUACAUAGCACGUACUACUCAUUCGGACCUCCAACUCGCGAUCGCCAUUUUAUAUCACCACGUCGUUUAGUUUAGUACUUAAACCUAAUUGUAAACGGCUAUUAAACCAGCCCUAUCGAAAUACA